AUGGCGCAGAGCAUCAGUGGUAACAACAUUCUGAAUCCCCUUGCCAAGGGUCCUGGGCCCACCGAGCCCGAGCACAUGCACUAUGGCGACCAUUCAAGCAGCUACUGGCCGGAGGGCUGGAACUAUCAGAGAUACAGUGACGCGACAGCAGAGGACAUAUUGUCGCUGCCCGAGGGCGAGCUGGACAAGAUGCAGGCGGGACUGAGGGAUGUUCUGGGCGAGCACGGCGCGGCGGCCAUGUCCAAGCACAAUUUCGAGAGGAGGCUGUCGGGCGGUCCAACGAUGCUCGAUACCUACACCAGCAACCCGCGCGACCGCAGAGCGAGCGUGAGCAGCACCAACGUCGACACGGUGGCGCCUAGCUGGCUCAAGCAGUGGAGGAAGCGACACGAGGGCCAACCCUGGGGUUUCGUCGGUGUACGGACGGGAUGCUAUGGAGGGAAUGGCGCCGAGCAGAGGUGGCAGCAGUUCCGGGCGCAGUUUCAACGCAUCCUCGAGGUGCCCUUCGAUUGGGCUGUCGAGAAUGGCAGAAGCAGCAGCAACAACAACAGCAGCGGCGGCGGCGGAAGCGAUAGUGGCGGCAGUGGGGAAGCGGCAUCUAAAGCGCGCGAGAUGUUUGAGGUGCGCUGGAUUGAGGACCCCGCGCUGGAUGGUGCGGAUGUGCAGAUCCUCAGGGGCAAAUUCCAAGAGCUUCAAUCCACGCUCUCGCCAGGCUUCAGCCAACCAGUCUUCCUCUCCGCAACGGAUCAAGUCGUCGAUUCAGUGCUCGCAUUGGCGCCCGAGGACCUCCCAACCACGGCCUCGCGGCGCGGCAGAAACCCCGCCCCCUGGAUCUACGCAGUCGCCGCCUCACCCGACCGCGGCGUGCCUGACGAGCAUGUCGAGUCGGCCUGGUUUCGUGACGUGUUCAAGGUCGCCAUCGAGGUCCUUGCGGAUGAGUUGUGGUGGAUAGUCGACUCGGGCACCAUGCCGCUCAGGCGCAUCACCCGCGGCGUCAAGGGAGAGGGUGUGGCGGCGGACGCUGGGAACGACGAUCUGGAGGACAUUUGGUGGUCCACGGCGCCAUCAGCUGAACGGUUGAAGAAGGUUACUGAAGGUGGCGACGUCAAGGUUUUCGGGGUGAUAUUCGCAGCCACCGAGGCUUAUUUCAUCUUUGGCAUAUAUGAAGUGACGACCGGAACGGCUUCCCUUCUGAAUAGCGUAUAUUUGUCCAAGCUCAACGGCCUCGUCUCCAUGCCGGCUUACUGCAUCGCCACCGCGCUCGCCAAAGCCUCCGUAAUACUCUACCUCCUCAACUUCACCACAACCGCCAGCCCCCGCGCAAUCCGAAUCGUUGCCUACGCCACCUUGGUCCUGUCGAUUAUCCAAUGUAUAAUACUCGCCGGCGGCACCAUGGCCUGCGCCGCCGGCCUCCGGGGUCUUGUGGACCUAUUUGGGACGGACAUCUCCAGCGUGCCCACAUGCACCUCGCUGGGUGAGAUUUGGGUCGCAACCGCCAUGAUCAACUCGUUCACGGACCUGGUGAUACUGCUACUUCCCAUGUGGAUACUGCGGCCCCUGCAAGUCGGCAGGGCAAAAAAGAUUGGGGUUCUUGCGAUCCUGAUGGCGGGUGGUUUCGUCUUUAGCGUCAGCGUGUACCGCGCAUACAAGUCUUAUGAAUCUUUCAUGAUGCUUUCGAAAGAUGUCUCCCUCUGGUCAUUUUCCGACACGUCUAUGUGGUGCGUCGUGGAGCUUUGGGCAGGGAUCAUCUGCGCGUGCCUCCCGGCACUUCGACCUUUCUGCAGGCACAUGUGCGGUCUGGUACAUGAGAAAACGACACGGACGGGGGUAACGACUUCUGAUGCUUCAGGCCGGCGCAGCGGCCUGCGCUUUCACACGUAUACGCGACAGACGGAGAUGGAACUUUCGGCAACCACCAACACCGCACCGCAUAGAGCUCCCAGUCGAGAAUCAUCAAGACCCAUACAGGAGUCUAUUCGACCUCCAUCGCCCAGCUUGUCGGUCGGAUCAAGGGAAAGAUGUCAAGAUGUGGAACGGAGGUCGUUGGCGGAGCAUGUAUAA